UGAGAAGCAUAAAUGCUAAAUACGAAGAUUUAAGAAGAACCGUUCCAUAUAUUUUGCAAAUGAGGUGAGAUUUUAAGGUCGCAUAAUAAAGUGGAGAACUACGCCACACAAACACACAAACACACACACUAUCAAUCCCGCCAGGCAGCUGAAGCAAAAGCCAUGUCGAUACUCAUCCGCAGAUUCGGCGCGAAGCUACGUCAGAAACCGACUUUUAAAUCCCGGAGUUCGGAUCUUUUGCCGACCGUUCGCCGUUACAGCUCGGUUGCUGCCUCACAGGUCGGAGCCGCAACCGGUCUCUACGGCUUCGACCACUUGAGAACACCCAAAGGCUUUCAGCGUUUCGUCGAUGAAGCUAUUCAAAGGUCCGGAGAGCUCGUUACGUACAUUGCUGGCAUGCCUUCUUCUGCUGAAGUUAUCCGAGCCAUGGAUGAAAUUUCUGAUACUGUUUGUUCAGUUGUGGACUCUGCGGAACUCUGUAGACACACUCACCCUGACAGGGAAUUUGUUGAGGAGGCAAAUAAAGCGUCUAUGAGAAUCAAUGAAUAUCUACAUUAUCUCAAUACAAACCACAUUCUGUAUGAAGCGGUGAAAAGAGCUGAGCGAGAAAGUUAUCUGUUAACUGAGGAGGCUCAAAGAGCAGCUCGUUACUUGCGUGCUGACUUUGAGAGGGGUGGAAUCCAUCUAUGUUCUGAGAAGUUAGAUCGAGUGAAUCAACUAAACAUAGAAAUUUCUCAGCUUUGCAGGGAGUUCAAUGAAAAUAUCAUCAUUGACCCAGGUUCUGUGGAUAUAUUUCCAUCAUCGCGAAUUCCAAAAAAUUUGCACCAUUUGGUUAAGCCUAUUUACCGUGCCACAUCUUCAACUUCAAGGGAGUCAUUGAGAACCAACAAUACCAUGAAAGAAAAGGGAUUUCGGAUAACAACAGACCCGCAUACUUUAUCGUCUAUUCUUCAAUGUACACCAGAUAAUGAGGUUAGGAAAAUGGCAUACAUCCGAGGAAAUUCUGCUCCUCGUGCAAAUCUUGGUGUUCUUGAUAAGCUUAUAGUUGCUCGUCAUGAGCUAGCUCAGCUAAUUGGGGAUCAACACUAUUCUGAAUUCUCACUGAAGCCUAAUAUGGCUUCAUCACCUCUAGUUGCUAUGUCAUUCUUGCAAGAGAUGAGCAAGAUGGUGCGGCCCAGUGCUGAUGAGGAGUUCAAAACCAUUUGGAAUUAUAAAAGAGAAAAAUGUGGUCAAACAAGUGGAGAUUUGGAGCCCUGGGAUGAGGCAUACUACACAGCAAUGAUGAAGUCUUCUGCCUUUAACUUGGACUCUUCAGUUGUAGCAUCAUAUUUUCCCUUGCAUCGAUGCAUUGAGGGUUUGAAAGUGCUAGUCCAGUCGUUGUUUGGUGCAACAUUUUGCAGUGUUCCCCUGGCACCAGGUGAAUCGUGGCAUCCAAAUGUGCUUAAAAUGUCUCUUCAUCAUCCCGAAGAGGGUGAUUUGGGGUAUUUGUACCUUGAUUUGUACUCAAGGAAGGGCAAGUACCCAGGUUGCGCUCAUUUUGCAAUUAAAGGUGGCCGCAGAGUUUCUGAAACUGAAUACCAACUCCCUGUUGUAGCUCUUGUUUGCAAUUUUUCAGGUUCACACGAUCCAUCAACCGUGAGGUUAAAUCAUUGGGAAGUGGAAACUCUUUUCCACGAGUUUGGACAUGCACUUCACUCAUUGCUUUCAAGAACGGAUUACCAGCAUUUUUCUGGUACAAGGGUGGUUCUUGAUUUAGCAGAAACACCUUCAAACCUCUUUGAGUACUAUGCAUGGGAUUAUCGAGUUUUGAGGACAUUUGCUAGGCACUACUCAACCGGAGAAGUAAUACCUGAGAAGUUGGUUGAAUCAAUGCAGGAUGCCAGAAAGAUGUUUGCCGCAACAGAAUUGCAACGUCAGAUAUUCUACGCCAUAAUUGACCAAACAAUCUUUGGGGAACAGUCAACCCCACCGGAAGAUACAAGUUCUAUUGUGGCAGAUCUGAAAAAGAAAUAUACCAGUUGGAAACAUGUGGAGGGUACACAUUGGCAGACGCGCUUCAAUCACCUCCUGAAUUAUGGUGCAGGUUAUUAUAGCUACUUGUAUGCCAAGUGUUUUGCUGCAACGAUAUGGCAGAAGCUGUGCCAGGAGGAUCCACUAUCAUUAACCACGGGAACGGCUCUGAGAACAAAAUUUUUACAACAUGGAGGAGCCAAAGAACCUGCUGAUUUGUUAAAAGAUCUGGUAGGAGAUGGCAUUCUAAGGUACAACAAUGGAGGAAUUGUUCCUGAUAUCAGGAGUCUUUGUGAUGAAAUGAAGCUGACCGGAAGAAAAUAGAAGGCACCUUUUGUAUUGUUUUAAAUUAUACAAAACGCUAACCGGUUCAGCAGCAACUCAGCCAUUGGAGCAAGAUGAAAUCCAGAAGGGGAAAAUGAAAGAAAAAUAAAUGGUGAGGGCCAACUUGCAAACACGACAUGACGGCGGUAACACCUCUACGCAAGCGAGUCGCUCUAGGUAAUGUAGCGUUCACACCCUCCAUGAGUCUUAGACAGGUGUAUUUAAUAAAUUAUGGAUUUUUAUAAAUUUUGGUAAUAUUUCAGCAUUCAAUUAGAUUUUAUUUUCAAAUAAUCGGUUGUGCGUUGUCAGACACAUGUUAUUCGAUUGAUUUAUCUAGAAAUGGUACCAGAAAGAUGUAGUUUAGGCUAGUAUCACCAGUUUUGUAGGAUUUGCCAGAGGACCCGCAUUUUGGUGUAUCGGAAAACUAAUGUAUUAUUUUAUUUUGAUUUAUUUAAUAGUUUUGAACAUGAAAAUUGCUUUUAAGGUUGGUGGGUUAGGGUUAUUGCAUUUUUACUUAAUUGAGACAACUACUCUCAUUUGAUAACAAGUUCAUUUUUUAUUUUU